AUGGGCAGAAAAAAAAUUAAAAUCUCUCAGAUAACAGACGAGAGAAACAGACAGGUGACAUUCACGAAACGAAAAUUUGGCCUAAUGAAAAAAGCCUACGAACUGAGCGUUCUUUGCGACUGCGAGAUCGCACUGAUCGUCUUCAACAGUGCCAACAAACUCUUCCAGUUUGCCAGCUCCGAUAUGGACAAGGUGCUCCUAAAGUACACCGAACAUAACAACCCACACGAGAGUAGAACUAGCAAAGAUAUUAUUGAGGUGUGA